AAGUCUUUUAAUAAACAACAAUAAUAUUAUGAAUGAAAAAACGGCUAAGGAACUAGUUAAGGCUAGAAAAGCAGUAAAACGCAAAUAUAGGCAAUUGAAGUCAGAAAGUGUGAAAUCGGAGAGUCGUCGAUAUGAAGAAUUUAAACCUAUAACGGAACCACUUCGAGAAUUAAUCAAGAACAUUAAAUCGGAAGCUAGUGCUACAGGUAUAAAGAAAGAGAAGGGGGAGGAAGAUGAGGAGAAAGGAGCUGGAAAAAAUAAUGACUACGAUCAAUCAUUUUUAAUAUCUAAAAAUCGGCCACGAGACACAAAUAUUUAUAGAAAGUACCUUCCCCCUCAACAGCAGAUAUCUAAUCUUUCUGGUUAUGAUUACGAUGAAGAUGUAUUUUUUACAAAUUAUAAUAAUGCUCCCACGCAGAGCGAUCCUCAUGAUGAAACUUUUCAAGAACCUUCCCUUGCUGACAUACAGCAAAAUAUUCUCGAACUUACAAAAAGUGAAAGCUAUGAACAGUAUCUUGCAUCUUUUGAUCCGCUAGUUAGAAGUUUCGUAGAUAUGUCCAUAAAGAGCGAACGAGAACUGGAUCAUACUCACGGAUUAGUGCAUGACAUUGACACAGAAAAAUGGAAAAUUGGUAACAGUGUAGUGGAUUUUGUUGGCCCCGAUAUCAAGGUAAACAAUAUUAGGUAUGAGGGAACGCCGGGUCUCUAUGAAUUGCUAUUUUUUAAAGAACCACUUGAAUACAAAAGUCAAGAUCUGGAAAAUUAUAUGGACAUAUUAAAUCGGACAAACGCCUAUAGGAGAAAUCAUGAUGCAAACAAUCAGAUACAAGGAACUAGCGAUUCAAAGUAUCUGACAAUAAUAAAACCGUAUCUAGUAAAAAAGGGAAUUAUCAAAGAACGAACAGCCAGUGAACCCUCUAUGACAUCUAGAUUUAAUAAACCUUUGCCACCGGCCCUUCAAAGACCAAAAACCAGACAGCAAAGUAGUGUUAGAAAAAAAGUAGGAGCGGGACGAUUGAAGAAGGACAUACCAUAUAUGUUAAACUUCUCAAAGAAAAAAACGGAUUACGUCUAUUACGAUGAUAUUAAUGAAUUAGUUGAACGGUUAAAACUAUUAAUUUCGUCACAAAUGGCUGGUCAUUCAGGUCAUAAUAACGAAAUAAUUUCAAUUCUUGAGGAGUUGCGGGAGGCUAAUAUUAUUGAAUAAAUACUUUUACUCACGUUUUUUAUUCUUUAGUAUGUGA